ACUCUUUUCUCUCACUCACGAUUGCGGAGCCAAAAAGUAGAAAGAAUACAAAAUAAUACAGUGAGUACUUACUGACUGACUGAUUCCUGUAUACCACCAUCAACAACAACACAGAAGCUAGUAAAAGAGAUAGUUCUUUUUUGUUUCUCUCAAGAGAAAAAACUCCUUUUCUGAGUUUUUAACAGAAUAAAAAGGGGUUUCCUUUCUGCUGUUUUAAUCAAUCAAAACUCAAAGCAAUUAACAAACCCAAACCCAAUUUAUCUUUUUUAUUAACUCUUCUCAGAUCCACUCAGAGAGUUUUGGGUAUUAAUAAAUAAAUAAUGGAAAGAAGUGUACUUGGAAGAAGAACCGAAGGAGAAUAACGAGAACCAGAAGACUAUGACAAUUUCUGGGUUCUCUGUACUUUACAGUUGUUUUUAUUGAUUGAAUGGUUUUUUAGUUGUUGUAAAGAGAUAUAGAGAGUGCUUUUUAUUCUGAUUUCAUACUACAGAAAAAAGUUGUUAGAGAGAAGAAGGUAUGGAGAUGGAGAGAAGAGGUAUGGAGAUGGAUAGUGAGAACCACCAGGUUGGGUCUGUAUUUACAGGUGAUACUAGAGGAAAACAUAGGAUUCUUGCUGAACUUAAAAGACUUGAACAAGAAACUCGAUCUUUGGAGGAAGAACUGGAAGAACUCGAGAAAACAGAGAAAGUCUCUGCAGCAUGCAGGGAAUUGUUGCUUAGCGUAGACGCUAGACCAGACCCACUUCUCCCAGAAACGCAUGGCCCAGCAAAUCCAUUCUGGGAUAGGUGGUUUGAAGGACCUCCAAACUCACAAGGUUGUAGAUGCUGGGUACUCUGAAUCACAUUCUUCUGGAGAUUUUAAAUCCCAUUCUGGGUACUCUGAAUCACAUUCUUCUGGAGAUUUUAAAUCCCAUUCUCCGUCUAUUAGCCUAUAUAGGCUCAAAGGAUUGUUUUUCCUGGUCUUUUUUUUUUCCUCUUUUUCCUUUCCCGAUAUUUGGGAGUGAAAGAUUGUUUAUUGAGGCAUGUGUAGGGUUUGAUACAUUCGUAAAUAUGAAGUGUAAUGCCAUUGUGAUUUAUGCACAAAGAUGAAGAAUUUUU